CGGUACUUACCCUUCCAUUUGCUUCCAAGGACCAGCAAUAGACCGACACAACCUUAAGAUUCCCUCUAACCAUAACAAACACCAACAAACCGAAAGACACAACCAAAAUGAUUUCCGCACCCUCUGCGACCCAUGCCAUUCUGAUGGCCACGAUACUGGCGACUUCCACAAGUGCCUUUCAGUCGCCCCCGAUGACCUCCACGAGCAGCAGUAGCGUGAUCAGCAUCGAUCGAGAGGUGGAGAGCCUCACUUCUUCGGCCCCCUCCGUCCCGCAGACCAAGGACUAUGCCGUGGCGAACCACGACAACGAGCGAUCGUUUUGGUUGCAAGCCCUGCAGAACCUCGAUGACGAGCAAGACGAUAGCCAUGAUUCAUCCUCUUCCUCAGAACCAUCUCACUCGAUGUGGACGAGGAUAGCCUGCGCCUUUGCCCCGUCGUCGAUCCGCGAGAACUAUCUCCUGGAUCCAACCCAGACGCUGGCGGAGGAGGCUCACCUGGUCCGGGUUGGAGACACAAAUCUGGACAUUUCGAUGGCCGUCCCUGCUUCCGUGUGGAAAGAGGCCAACCUGGACGAGAUGAUGCACACAAACCAAAAGGCACAGCGCAAGGAUUCUGCGAAGCUAGUGUCUGCACCCCAGGAGGCGGCACCUCUUCACCAACGCGGGGACCGCCGCAAGCGCCGCAACAACCAGCACACGGUGACGAUACGCAUCGACUUUCCGGAGGGUUCCUCCUUUGAUAAGGACGCCUACACGUUCGAGGACGAGCUGUCCGCGGUGAUCCGCCAGGUGCGGCUGCUGGAGCACGAUGCCAACGAUCGGUUGUCGGGUCUGGAAAUGGCGCAUUGAGAAACGGGGGGAAACAACGAAAGAAAACAAAAACGAACCACACAGAAUCCUCAAGCAGAUGAAUGACAUAAAAACAAGCUGAACACAACAACAUCUCAUACAAUACAAUAAAUAGAAUGCCUGAAUUACAAAAUAAAAGCAAAAUCUUCAGUAUAUCCUUAUUCGUCAUAAACACUGGAAAGAGAGCGAGCGCUAGAGAGCUGAUUCUUCUUGCCUCUCAAACCAUAAUUUCCAUCCAAACAUCUGAAAGCUGUCGGCAAAACAAAAGCAGUAUUCCGAAUAGACAGCAAUUUAGAAAAUUUGCUCAACCAAUACUUCGACGAUGGCUUUUCCUGAGGUCCAAUACUAGGUCAGAAUUUCUCGAUUUGCAUCAGUUCAUCAGGGACUGAUGAGGGUGUCACAGAUCCUAUUCCGAUAUACGAAGUACGAAGUAAAAGAACAACAGUAAAACGUUACGAAUAACGCACAGAACUCGUACAGAAAAAAACUGAUCUGCGAACCGGGAGAAGAAUGGAAUUCAUCCGCUUGACGAGUUGAGGCUAUGAGAGGCACCCCUUUAUCUUGGGAAUUACUUCACGAAUUACUGGGAACCUGCACCACGGGGGACGAGGUACGUACCGUACUUCGUACAAUUGCCGUAACAAUUCUCGAACUCGAGAAUACCGUACUGUAGCAGUUCUCAUACCUGUUCCUCGUAAUCGUAAUUUUGUUCUGGUAGUCGUACGGACAUGAAGCGUUUCGUGCGGGAUUGCAAAAGGCCCUUCCAGACGUGCAGAACAUGGUGUGGCAUGCGUUCAGUACGACUUUUAGAGAUACAGAGAUUGGCGGAACGGACACCAACGGAUCCAUGACAACCUGUUUGCCCGCCAAAAAGACCAUAUUCCCGUAUCUGCUGAUCUCUCGAACGGAAAAUGUUCGGUAGGUUGGUUGCACUUGAAACUAAUUCAAGUACCGGUACUUCAUACCCAUUUUGACUUACUUCCACCCGCAAGAGAGCUCCGAGUUGUGUCUCCAUUGUAUGAUGCCGUCCGACACUCUCGGUACCAACCAACGUGAAGUCAAUGAUAGUUUCCAAAGCUCCCUCCGGCAAACACUCUUGAUACCGACCAUCAUCAUGCGGUUUUCAUGGUGUCCUUAAGGAUACUAUGGGACGUCUAGAAAUCCGUAUGAUGUUUUUGUCUCGCAGUCAAGCUAUCGUACGGACGAGGAGCUCCGCGUCCGUGUCUCCAUUGCACGUUGCCUUUUGUUAGUUUGGAAUAGGAGCGCUUGAUUCAAUAGGAGCCCCGGGAGUACCGACCAACGUCAUGCAAUUUUCGAGGCAUCCCCUUCUAUAGGAUGGGAUGACCCGAAAGGUGUAUAAUGUUGUCGUCUCGCAGUAAUGUUUUUUCGUCAUCGGAGACCGCUUUGAGCUACCAUUGAAUUCUCGAUUAAGCAAUCGAUUGCUCAAUGGCAAUGGGGAACAAUGGCUACAACCUACGAUUCGUACAAAGUUCGCAGCAGCAAUAAUAUAAUUAACUAGAAUGU